AUGACCUUCGCCGAGCUCGUGGACCGCGUGGCCAGCAAAGGGCAUUUCCAGUUCCUGCACACAGUCCUGCUCGGCCUCCCGAUCCUCAGCAUGGCCAACCACAACCUGCUGCAGAUCUUCACAGCGGCCACCCCCGCCCACCACUGUCGCCCACCACCCAACGCCUCUGCAGGGCCCUGGGUGCUCCCCAUGGGCCUGGAUGAGAAGCCUGAGCGGUGCCUCCGUUUUGUAUAUCCACCCAACGCCAGCCUGCCCAAUGACACCCAGGGGGCCACCGAGCCCUGCCUGGAUGGCUGGACCUACGACGUCAGCACCAGGGACUCCAUUGUGACUGAGUGGGACCUGGUAUGCAACUCCAACAAACUGAAGGAGAUGGCCCAGUCUAUCUUCAUGGCGGGCAUACUGAUUGGGGGUCUCGUGCUGGGAGACCUGUCUGACAGGUUUGGCCGCAAGCCCAUCCUGACCUGCAGCUACCUGCUGCUGGCAGCCAGCGGCUCAGGCGCAGCCUUCAGCCCCACGCUCCCCGUCUACACAGUCUUCCGCUUCCUGUGUGGCUGCGGCAUCUCAGGCAUCACCCUGAGCACCACGAUCUUGAGUGUCGAGUGGGUGUCCACCCGGAUGAGGGCCAUCAAGUCGAUUUCACUCGGUUACUUCUACACCAGUGGCCAGUUCAUUCUGCCUGGCCUGGCCUACGCCAUCCCCCAGUGGCGCUGGCUCCAGUUAACCGUGUCCAUUCCCUUCUUCGCCUUCUUCCUGUUGUCCUGGUGGCUGCCAGAGUCCACACGUUGGAUGAUCCUGUCUGGAAGGUCCUCCAAGGCCCUGAAGACAUUCCGGCAGGUGGCGGCCUUCAAUGGCAAGAAGGAGGAAGGAGAAAAACUCAGCCUGGAGGAGAUCAAACUCAACCUGCAGAAGGAGAUCACCUUGGCCAAGGCCAAGCACAGCAUAGCUGACCUGUUCCGGACGCCCAUCCUGCGCCGUGUGACCUUCUGUCUUUCCCUGGCCUGGUUUUCCACCGGUUUCGCCUACUAUAGUUUGGCUAUGGGUGUGGAGGAAUUUGGCGUCAACCUCUAUGUUCUCCAGCUCAUCUUUGGUGGGGUUGACGUCCCAGCCAAGUUCAUCACUAUGGUCUCCAUAAGCUAUCUGGGCCGGCACACCACGGAGGCCGUUGUUCUACUCCUGGCAGGAGGAUGCAUCCUGUCUCUCAUCUUUGUGCCUUCGGACUUGUUGACCCUGAGGACAGUACUGGCUGUGUUUGGGAAGGGAUGCUUGUCCAGCUCCUUCAGCUGCCUCUUCCUCUACACGAGCGAGCUAUACCCCACAGUCAUCCGGCAAACAGGUAUGGGCAUAAAUAACCUGUGGACCCGCGUGGGAAGCAUGACGGCCCCACUGGUGAAAAUCACCGGGGAGCUGAAGCCCUUCAUCCCCAAUGUCAUCUUUGGGACCAUCGCCCUCCUGGGAGGCAGUGCAGCCCUCUUCCUGCCUGAGACGCUAAAUCGGCCCUUGCCAGAGACUGUUGAAGACUUAGAAAACUGGUCCCUGCAGGCAAAGGAGCCAAAGCAGGAGCCAGAAGCGGAAAACGCAUCCCAGAGGAUCCCUCUGCAGCCUUGUGAACUGGGCCUGGGCCCCAACUGA